ACUUCACCGGCCUGAAUAUAGCUCCGAAGAUGUAUCCCAUCUGACAAUUCUGAAGGACCUAACAUGAAUGAUUUACGACAUCAUAUAGGCAUAGCUGUGACUUUGACUUUGACCGCGGCCCAACUAACCUAGUCCUCCACGCUUGCAAGACUUGCAUCUACUACUACCUAACAAGCACUUCUAUCCCGAAAUCGAUCACCAUGUCUUCAGACCCCUCUGUACCCGAUGCUCGCGCUGUCGCCGAGACCAUUGACUCGAAGGACCUUGUCUUCGGUCGUACAGUUGUCCCAGUUGUGGACCGAAACAAAGCACCCAAGAAGGGCAAGCUUGGCUUUGAAUAUGCAGAGCACUGCUUCAUUGGAGACGCGACCACCCUGACCCUCGCGAAUGGCGCAAAGGUUGCCGCUUCUGACCACAAGUUCCGGCUCAAAGAUCAGAUCAGUCUGACCUACGGCCAGAUCAACGGCCUUGCUGGGGACUUUUAUGGGACCUACGACCCUAUCAGUGACGGCAAAGACGACCAAGACCGCUCUGCGCGCUUCGUGCGAGCGUACAACACACUUGCUGAUGGUGGUCCCCGCCUGCCGAAGGAAGCGAUGGACAUCCUUGCGGUGUUGCAGGCGGAGGUCGAUGCAGUUAACAAAGCUCUCGCGAACCAUCAAGAUCCCUCUGUCGUCUACGCUCAGCUUCCCGAUGUGAGCGCAAAGUUGGAACUGAUCACUUAUGGGCGGAGUGGCAUACCUGCGUACCUUGGGCUAGCGCAGAUCAACUGGGACCAUUUUGGAGCGGAUGCGCGUACGGCAUAUAAUGCUGGACAUGCGACUGCGAUUCAGAAGGCGAUCAGUGGGGAUUUGGAUAGUGCGUACGCGAUGAAUGCGUUCGCUGAUCAUUUCCUGGAGGAUUCGUUCUCUGCUGGCCACCUCCGUACCCCGCGCCGACUCCUUCAUAGGAGCACGGAUAUUACAGCGGAUGCUUGUGCCAAGUUUAUGCACGAUGAGGACAACGCGAUCGGGAUAGAGGCGAAGAAUCCAGGAGGUCAGUCAUGGACGUUGUACGGGGACAAGCGCGCACUCGAUUCCGUCAAUGAGGACAACAAGACACGCUGUGUAGAUUCGGUGCAAGCCUCCGCAGACGAGAUCUACAAGGCGUAUCAGACCAAGCAGGCACCUUCGCCGGCCAACUACCAGGCGUGGACUUUUGCUCCCACGCUGGAGUCGGCGAACGCCCAUCAGACGCUAGCGACGCUUUUCACAUUCAAGAACGAGAGGCGCAAGGUGAUCGAGAAUCGGAGGCUGUGGAAUUUCAAGACCGACUGGUGGUUCUGGUCCACUGCGCUUGAAUGCAAGACUAGCGGCUGGUGGAACUACCCGAUUACGAUCAAUGGGGUGCAGAAUGUCCUUCCCUGGAGCUCUGUCGCCGUCACUACUCCGAGGGUGUGGCACAUUCACGUGUUCUACCAACAGCCCGGCGGUGGUAUACUUCAGAGUGAGCAUCUGGAUGGACUGUGGGGUGGCGGGCCCAGCAAGGAUCCCAUCUUCAAUGCUAUGUUGUUUACACCGUUGGCUGCUAUCAACUUCAAUGGUGGAAAAGAGGUUCGUGUCUACUACCUCGACGAGCAGUACAUCCUUCAGGAGUACUGCUACUCGGCCGAUCAAAGAAAAUGGUUCCCCGGAGAGCUGGGUAACAUGAAGAUCCAAGCAGCUACUAAUACGUCGAUCGCGGCUAUGCAGUAUGGCGACGACCGGGGAGGUGUCCACAUUCGCGUGUACUGUCAAGAAUUGGGUUCCGGUGCCAUCAAGGAAUUCUGCAAUGACGGCUAUUGGUUCAGGGGGGCGACCCUUCCGGUCGCUCUCAGUGGGUCAAGUCUCGCGGCGGUGGCCUACUCGUGGAGUGGUCUCCAGCUACGUGUCUACUAUCAGACCGACGACCUUUCCAUCAAAGAACAUUGCUUAAAUGAUAACAGUGGAUGGUUCCCAGGUCAUAAAUCGGACUUUGGGAAAGCUCCAGGAUGUGUCCCUAUCAGCGCCCUUGGUUAUGGUACGAGCGAUGGGGGCGCAGAACUGCAUGUGUACUGGCGCAACUUGGAAAACAAGAUCGUUGGAACGAAGAACACUGGCUCCUGGGGACUCGUCAACACGGUCGUUGGAGGUCUCAAACCUGGCACUCAGUUCGCUGCUGCUCAGUGGAGUAAUGGGAAGAAUCUGAGGCUUUACUAUCAAACUGCCGAUGAUUCUGUCUUGGAGAUGGUCAACGACAGUGGCUCCUGGGUGGGCGGAGCUACCGUUGGCAAUGCUCGUUAAACAGAUGGCAAGAUUUACUGCGCGG